ACAUCUGAUUAGACAUGAUGAGUUUACAUGCAUAAACAUACCUGUUUGCAUGAUUAUACAAAUUACAAACAGCUGUAUGCAUCAAAUUGCAGCAGUAACUGAGAGAGGAGCACAUGGGUCAAAGUAGUCUCUGAGAGUUAUCUCCACUGCACAUUUCAGGAUAUGGCAUGUAUGCAGUGUCUAAAAAUUCUGUGAAACUUUAGUGCUUUCACUUAUCAGCAUGUGUCGCCAACACAAGAUUGGCUCCCGCUGCUGGAGGCGUUGUUUCUCCCCUGAGCCCUGGAUCCUGAUUGGAGCAGCACCUGGACCGGCCCUCCAAUCAAACGGAUGCAAUUUGGGGACCGAGGUUAUGAAACCUCGGCCAGCUCGAUAUUUGGGGGUGGCUGAUAGCCACAUCUCGCUAGCAGAUCUUUUGUUGCGUUGAGAUUGAUGCUAACCGAUUAGUUUACUCUGUGAAGGCUGUGCAUUACCUCCAAGGUACUUGUGAAAACAUCUGGGGACUGGGACAGAACGAAUCCGCUGGACUGGUGCCUUCCUAUUGAGACGCAAGAAGCAUAGACACCAGCUCGCAUCAGAGCGCAAGAACACCAGCUUCUAUCAUUAAAACAAACAAGACUGGCAUUGGGGGAAAAAAUCAGAAAACAUUGUUAAAUCCUGUGAUUACUCCUCGCGGAUUUUUGCCCCAUAGAAGUUGCAUGUGCAGGAGUGACAGUCCUCGGCCGGGACAGAAGGAAUGGGAUACCCGGGCAGAGCAGUGAGAGGAUGGAGAGGGUGGAAAGGAUGGACGCUCUUGGUUUGGGUCGCCGCUGUCAGCCCGCUUUUGGCAGACGGACGGAGAGUGAGGCAGCCCAGAUGUCCCAGUGGAUGUAUCUGCACCAAAGACAAUGCCCUGUGUGAGAAUGUUCGAUCCGUGCCUCACACUUUCCCCCCAGACGUCGUGUCAUUAUCUUUUGUUAAGUCUGGAUUUCAUGAAAUCACCGGGGGAAGCUUUGUUCACACGCCUGCCCUGCAACUGCUAUUGUUCACAGCAAACUCGUUUGACCUCAUUGAUGAAGACGCAUUCCUAGGCUUACCACAUCUUGAAUAUCUAUUUAUUGAAAAUAACAAAAUUGCAUCAAUAUCCCCAUUUGCGUUCCGGGGCCUGAAAGCACUGAUACAUCUGAGUCUGGCUUACAACAAUCUUGAGACGCUGCCCAAGGAUGUCUUCAAGGGCAUGGAUGCUUUGACCAAAGUGGAUCUGCGAGGCAACAACCUGAUAUGCGACUGCAAGCUCAAGUGGCUGGUGGAGUGGAUGCACCACACCAAUGCCACCCUGGAUGAGAUCUACUGCAGCGGCCCGCCCAUUCACCAGGGCAAGAAGAUCAAUGACCUGCUACCACACUCUUUUGACUGCAUCACAGCAGAGUUUGCCUCCUAUCAGUCACUGAAGUUCGAGUCCAUUUCAGUGGAGGCCUUCACCUUUGGUAAAGAUCAGUAUGUUGUGUUUCCCCAACCAUUUGCUGGGACCUGCAGCUUCCUAGAAUGGGAUCAUGUUGAGAUGACCUUCAGAACCUAUGACACCAUUGAAAGCACCUCCACCGUGGUCUGCAAGCCCAUGGUUAUCAACAACCACCUCUUCAUCAUUGUGGCCCAGUUGUUCGGGGGUUCGCACAUUUACAAACGCGACACCUCCGCCAACAAGUUCAUCAAGAUCCAGGACAUCGACAUCCUGAAAAUCCGCAAACCCAAUGACGUCGAGACGUUCGUGAUCGACGGGGAAUCUUUCUUCGUCAUCGCCGACAGUUCUAAGGCCGGCUCCACAACGGUGUACAAAUGGAACGGCAAUGGCUUCUACUCCCACCAGUCUCUCCACCCGUGGUACCGGGACACAGAUGUAGAAUAUUUGGAGAUCUCCAACAAGCCCCACCUGAUCUUGUCCAGCAGCUCCCAGAGGCCUGUUGUGUACCAGUGGAACAGGAACCAGAAACAGUUUGACCGCCGGACUGACAUACCAGACAUGGAGGACGUCUUCUCUGUCAAACACUUUCGGGUCCAAGGUGAGCUGUUUAUAUGCUUAACAAGAUUCAUCGGGGACUCCAAGGUGAUGCGCUGGGACGGUGCCCUGUUCAAGGAGGUCCAGACAUUUCCCUCCCGCGGCUCCAUGGUGUUCCAACCUGUCUCAGUCGGCAAGUGGCAGUACGCCAUCUUGGGCAGCGAUUACUCACUGACGCAGGUCUACUUGUGGGACACCAAGAGGGGCCAGCUUGUCCCAUCCCAGGAGCUGAAUAUCCAGGCACCUCGAGCAUUCUCUCUGGUUUCCAUCGACGGCCGGGUAUUCCUGCUCGCGUCCAGCUUCAAGGGAAAAACUCAGAUAUACGAGCACCUCAUGAUUGAUUUGAGUAAUUAAACCCAUCAUCAAAGUCAGGACAAAGUAUGUACACUACAAUUCAAUUUUUUUAUUUUUUUAUUUUUUUCAGUUUUUAACUUGUCAGUCCAAUUUGAACCUGCUAGCAAUUCGCACCUAGGUUCAAACAGAUGGAAGUUUCAGAUUGAAUUUCACUGGGAAGCGUAUGUAAGAAAUUAUUGUGAGACACCAUUUCCAUGACACUGAAAAUAUGUUCUACACAAUCACUUAUACUUAAUGUUUGGCAACCAGCUGCAACUAGUUAAUUUUGAUCAACUCUUUAUAUUUCAUUGAUUCUCUCCUACUUAAGACUGCCUUAUUGUCCAUUUGAAAAAUGUAAUUACUCAGAGUGCGAACUGACUAUCUUUCAGGAAAAACAAGCUAUCAAUUCAUAGUUUUUUGUCUGUUAUUCAACCUUGUAGAUCUGAAACUCAACAUAUAGUAUGUGUUUUUGCUAUUAAUCUCUAUGUGUUGUUUUAUGUCUCUUGUAGGAAGUUGAUAGGAAAGAUUUAGGAAUUUGGUAGUGCUGUUUACCAUGUGACAAUAGCUAGAUGGUGAAAUAUUUCCUGACAAAAGGAGGCAAAAUGCGUCCAAAGUGACAUGUGCAGUUGUAUCCAAAAAACUAUGGACACAAAAGAAUUUUUUUUUCCUUAAGUUACCUUUAAUUAAACAAGGCAUUUCAGGAAAAUUAGCCUCACCAUAAAAUAGAUUAUUGAGCACUGGAUGUAACCUACUAUGAGGUACGUGGAUGUUGUAUUCAUGCUUGUGUAGGUUCGUCUCAUGGAUUACUUAGGCCUUUAAAUCUCUCAAGGCAUCAUCACUCUGUCACAUGAGAGCUGUUGAGACUCAGUGACAAAGCCUGGGUUGUUAGACACCUUGUGGAAUAUCUGAACAGUCUCUCAAAUUACAAUCUAAUCCAUGUUUGAGGAUAGUACUGAUAGUAAUGUUAGGGAUAGUUUGUUACUAUAAGACAAGAGUUUGAAAUUAAUACUUGCUUCCAGCCAAAUGCAGGUAGAAAAUUGACUAGUUUCCAAUAUAGCAAGCAAAAUUAAAUGAAGAAUCCACUAAACAAUGUGAGAAACUGACGGGGAAAAAAAGAUCUCAGUUCUGUGUACUCCUAGAUAAGCAAGACUGUAUGUGUGACACAGACACUCACGGUGUUGAUUCCUGAUGAAUGACUCGCUAGAAGCAUCCCACUGUGUCAACCAGUUCUCUCUCUUUCACUGCACUCUUGCCCCUUUUCUCCCUCAUUGACAAAACCAUUGUUGUCUUUACUCCACCAACUGAAAGCCAACCACUGUGCAGCACCUCCUACCUGUGCUUUCACACAGUCAUCUUAUUCUGAUACAAAAGGAAUAGAAAUAUUGCUAACAACUUAAUUUCACUGACAACAAUUUGCCAAAUAUAAUGUUUACGUUUUUACAAUACUGUGUAAAGUAAUUUAUAUGAUAUUGCUUUUGUAUGUAGAGGGGACCACGUUUUAUUUUUCAUAGACAUAGAAUUUAGUGUAGAUAAAAAAAAACAAAACGAAACAAGGAUCACCUCUUUAAACACCGUGUAACAUGCUACUUCUACAUAACAGUAAGCUUACUUGUGUCAGUCUAAUCUAGUUAGGUAAGGAUAGAGGAUAUUAGCUUAUAGCUAUUAGAUAUUAGCGAUUCCUUUGUCGUCUUGCCCAUUGUAUUUUAUGUACAGUAGUAAUAAAAACACUAAAUCACCUA